GAAGCCAAUGCCACAUCCACUCUUAUACACAUUAUUCUUUCUUAUAGCUUCUACCAUCUGCAGAAAAAUGGCUCAACAUUACCACAUAUCAUCUCUCUUACUGCUUGCAUUUCUCAAUAUAUUCUUCAUUCAUGGCAACAUAAGUGGUGCGACUGCACGCCACCUCCUUGAGACACCCGUUCCUGAGAUACCUAAACCAGAACUCCCAAAAGUUCCAGCCUUGCCAAAGCUUGAAAUCCCAACUGUGCCGAAGCCUCAGCUUCCAACCAUACCAAAGCCUGAGCUACCAACUCUACCGAAGCCCCAGUUACCAACUUUGCCAAAGCCUAAGAUGCCUGAGAUCCCUACUAUGCCAAAACCUGAACUUCCUACUAUGCCAAAGCCCGAGAUUCCUUCAAUGCCAAAACUAGAGUUUCCUCCCUUGAAAAAGCCAGAAAUCCCACCAGUGCCUAAGACUGAGGUUCCUCCGGCUAUGAAAAAGCCUGAAGUUCCAACUCUACCAAUGCCCGAGCUAUCGAGUCUGCCAAAGCCAGAAAUUUCAGAACUACCAAAGUCAAAAGUCCCAGAACUUUCAAAGCCAGAAGUCCCAACUAUGCCAAAACCGGAAAUCCCAGAACUACCAAAGCCAAAAGUCCCAGAGCUUCCAAAGCCUGAAAUACCAACUACGCCAAAGCCUGAAAUACCAGAAUUACCAAAGACAAAAGUUCCAGAAGUUCCAAAGCCAGAAGUACCAACUAUGCCAAAGCCAGAAAUCCCAGAAUUACCAAAGCCAAAAGCCCCAGAGCUUCCAAAGCUAAAAGUCCCAACAAUGCCAAAGCCUGAAAUCCCAGAACUUCCAAAGCCAAAAGUUCCAGAGCUUCCAAAACCUGAAGUACCAACUAUGCCAAAGCCUGAAAUUCCGGAACUACCAAAGCCAAGAGUCCCAGAGCUUCCAAAGCCUGAAGUACCAACUACGCCAAAGCCUGAAACCCCUGAACUACCACAGCCAAAAGCCCCAGAGCUUCCAAAGCUAAAAAUUCCAACAAUGCCAAAACCUGAAGUACCAACUAUGCCAAAGCCUGAAAUCCCAGAACUGCCAAAGCCUAAAGUCCCAGAGCUUCCAAAGCUUGAAAUCCCAAAACUUCCUAAGCCAGAAGUACCAACUAUGCCCAAACUUGAAAUCCCAGAACUACCAAAGCCAAAAAUCCCAGAGCUUCCAAAGCUAAAAGUCCCAACUAUGCCAAAGCCUGAAAUUCCAGAACUUCCUAAACCAACUCUUCCUUCACUUUCUCCACCAUACAAGCCCGCUACUCCUUGAGUAAAUUAUAUGCUACUUUCACUCUAUUAGGAAGUACCCAACUGAUAUUUUGCGAUUUCCAUCUUAGUCUAUGAAGCUUGCGACCUGAGCUGUGACAUGGAGAUAGUAUUGGAUACUUUCUGCUAGGAGUAGAAAUUGUAAUUCUUUUUUAGUAGUAUUUGAAUUGAAUGUACCAUGUUUGAUGUGUCGUUAUAUUACGAGUAUUUUAUUACUUUCUAUCAAUACAGUAUGUGUAAUAUAGCUCUGAUCUAUGUUACUUUGGUUUAAUUCGGGCUAAUAUUUCAAAAGGU